AUAAAAAAAAUAAAUUUAGAAAUACCACCAUAUAUACUUCUUCUUCAUUCUUCAAUUUCUGCUGCUAGUUUUAACGCAAUCACCAUAUCAUCAUAUCCUUUUCUAUAUGUAUAAAUACAUACACUCAUCGAUCGUAAAGAUUCGUUGCAAUCGAUUGUAAUCUUCUUCAGGUAAACUGUUCGAAUCAAGUUAUCCAAUAUCGAUUGCAGAUUUCCAUCGUGAAAUGAUGUCAUAGAUACCGAUUUCAACGUCACUGUACAGUAAGCGUUUCCAUGAAAUUAUAUCUGUGUGUAUAUAUUAUAUAGAAAUAGAUAUAUCAUCUACAUCGCGGAUUUAGAGUAAGGUUUUCAAUAGAUGCUCUUAAUCUCAUCGGAUUGUUACGGAAAACGUUGAUUUUGGAUGUGUUUUGACCGUACAGUUUUAGGUUAUUAGGUUCUGGUGGUGAAAAAUUAGGGUUUUGACGUUUUGUGGCGUUGAAGAGGUGUUUUUGUGUUGAGAUUAGUUGCACUUGGAAGUUUGUGAGUGUGUUGGAUUGAGAUUAAUUAGGGUUUAAGGAUUGAUUGUUUUCAGUGAUGGUGAAUGUGAAUGGGAAUGAUCCGUUGGAGUCUUUUCUUAACUCGAUUGAACUCGUGAAGAAUGCUUUCGGUCCGAUUGAAUCUAGUUUUAGGAAAGCUGCGAAAGAUUUAGAGCAGCGGUGGCCCGGUGGUAAGAAUGGACGUAAAACGGGCGAAAUUGCCGUGGGAAAUGGGAGUAAGGCUGAGUUAUUUGGUGUGAAGAAAGGAAAUAAUCAGUGUGUGGUUAGUGACGAGAGAAAGAAGGGUUUGUCGACUAAGGUCCCGUUUAAGACAUUCAUAAGGGUUUUCGCAGCGAAGGAUGCCGGUGAUAAGGACCGUAAGGGUGAUGUGUCAAAGAAUGAGGAUGGAACUUGCAUUAAUUGCAUGAAUUUUGCGGUCACUUGGUCUUUGCUGGUUAGUAGUUUUGUUCAGGCUGUUCCGGACCCACUAAGGAAUGGUAGAAAGAAGCUACAGAAAAAGAGUAAUGGUGGUAAGCUUUCUAGAGAUAGAAAUGAAUUUAUAGCUAAAGGUGCUAGUGAUGGAAAGGGAACAAAGUUGGAGAAUGAGGUUUUGAUGCCAUGUGAGGAAACUUUGAAAUUGAAAGAUGGAAAUGGUUUGUCAGUUGAGCACUUUGUCGGGUUUGUUCUUGAUCAGCUUGUUCAAAAUCUACACAAGUUUGAGUUCGGUCUCCAAGAAAAUGGAAGUGAGAAAUGUGACGUAUCUACGGUUCCGUAUCCUACAAUCCAGGUGGACCACUUGAAGGCUGUUGGUAGUCUUUUGGAAGGUAAAAAAGCAGAUUUCAGUGGAUUUUUGGGAAAUUUGAAGUUUGCUAGAGUUGGGGGCGUUCCAUCAGGUAUUGUUGACGUAACUUCUCCUGUAAAGGAUGAUGGUGAUGAUGACGUUAACUCAAACGUUACAGAAGAGAAUGUUAGCAGUUUUUCACAGAGGAUGGCUAAUGGCUUGUUGAGUAUUCCUUUAUCAAAUGUUGAGCGUUUGAGGUCCACUUUGUCGACUGUUUCAUUGACUGAACUAAUUGAGCUUGUACCCCAAUUAGGGCGGUCAACUAAAGACCACCCUGAUAAGAAGAAACUUUUCUCGGUCCAAGAUUUCUUCAGAUACACAGAAGCAGAAGGAAGGAGAUUUUUUGAGGAGUUAGAUAGAGAUGGUGACGGACAAGUAACUCUAGAAGAUCUUGAACUUGCCUUUAGAAAGAGAAAGCUUCCUCGAAGAUACGCUCAUGAAUUAAUGCGUCGCACCAGACGACAUUUAUUUUCAAAAUCAUUUGGUUGGCAACAGUUUCUGUCAUUAAUGGAACAGAAAGAACCAACAAUCCUUAGAGCUUAUACUAGUCUUUGUUUAACUAAAUCCGGAACACUACAAAAAAGUGAAAUCUUAGCAUCAUUAAAGAAUGCAGGACUUCCUGCAAACGAAGAUAAUGCUGUUGCCAUGAUGCGUUUUCUCAAAUCUGAUACCGAAGAAUCAAUUUCUUAUGGACAUUUUAGAAACUUCAUGCUUCUUCUCCCGUCUGACCAGCUUCAAGAAGAUCCACGGAACCUGUGGUUUCAAGCUGCCACUGUCGUGGCGGUGGCACCACCUGUGGAAGUGCCUACCGGUAGUGUUCUAAAAUCUGCAUUAGCAGGUGGCCUUGCUUGUGCAUUAUCUACAUCUGUAAUGCACCCUAUUGACACAAUUAAGACUCGAGUGCAAGCAUCGACCCUUAGUUUUCCGGAAAUGAUUGCAAAGCUUCCUGAAGUUGGAUUUCGUGGAGUAUAUAGAGGAUCUAUUCCUGCAAUUAUUGGACAGUUCUCAAGCCAUGGAUUGCGGACCGGGAUCUUUGAAGCAAGUAAGAUUGUGUUAAUAAAUGUUGCCCCAACACUACCAGACCUACAGGUUCAGUCUAUUGCGUCAUUCUGCAGCACUGUUUUGGGGACCGCAGUGAGAAUUCCGUGUGAAGUGUUGAAGCAAAGAUUGCAGGCAGGCAUAUUUAACAGCGUGGGGGAAGCAAUCAUCUGCACAUGGCAACAAGAUGGUCUCAAAGGCUUCUUCCGUGGGACCGGUGCUACUUUGUGCCGGGAGGUUCCGUUUUAUGUUGCCGGCAUGGGACUUUAUGGAGAGUCUAAAAAGGUUGUCCAGCAAAUCCUGGGACGACCACUUGAACCAUGGGAGACGAUUGCAGUGGGGGCUAUGUCUGGUGGUCUGGCUGCAGUCACAACAACACCCUUCGAUGUGAUGAAAACUAGAAUGAUGACGGCACCUCAAGGGCGCCCCGUGUCCAUGUCGAUGAUUGCGUUAUCUAUUCUUCAACAUGAAGGCCCACUCGGAUUAUUCAAAGGGGCUAUACCUAGGUUUUUCUGGAUUGCACCUCUUGGUGCUAUGAACUUCGCAGGCUAUGAGCUGAUGAAAAAUGCGAUGUCGAAAACUGAAGAGCAGCAGACUCUAGAACAACAAGCUGCUGAGCAGAAGUAGUAAGUUUCUUAUUUUGUUACAUUAUUUAUGUAAUGUCGCAUGUGAACGCGACAAGGAAGUUUUGAAGGUUUUCCAUUAUAAGUAAGUGACACAUGCGACAAGUUUUAUUCGCCGACAUAUCCAUGCUGUUGUGGACACCCGGGUAGAGUCAUUUGUAGGAUGUUAUGGACUGUUUUGUUACUUAUUUCAUCGAAAUAGCAUUCUCCUUUUUGUUUCG